GCGGCCAGCUACCUCCACAUCCCCCGUCUGAUCCAGAUAGCCCAGAUCAAAAUCGCACUAUAUCUGCGCGCGGUAUGCGGCAGCCAAGCAGGAGAGCUCACACCACAUUAGGUGGUGAUCGUCACGGUGGUGCUCUGCGUGCAGGAGAGUAGCCCUUCGGAGAUCGCCAUCUUGGUCAACAAGGCGAAGGUGUGUGUGCGUGCACGGGAAGGCACACAUACACACUCAUUCGCCUGUGGGAAUGAAUGUCUGCUCAGGCUGUUUCUGUGGGGGCGUCGCCAGAAGAUGGCGGCCAGGUGAAGAGAUCGGCCGAGGGCGAGGCCAAGGGGGCGUCGGGCAGCGGCAGGCAGCCGGGUCUCAGGCAGCCCUUGCUCGCCUUCGCCUCCAUACCGGUACGUGCGUAAAGCAAUCAGGCAGGCAGGCAGGCAGAUACACGACACGCGCCCAAACUCGUCCUUCGAUCUGCUCGGUGUGUGUCUUGGGUCCGUCUUUCGUCACUCAGUAUGACGUGCUGGCUUUGACGUUGGCGUUGCUGCCCCUAGACCUCCUCUCUGCUGCGGCAGGCGCCUCGCUCACGCCCGUCGACACUCGAGAGUGGGAGGUGCUGGCCGCCAACUACACCCACCUCAUCAUCGACCACGACGACGCCAGUGCGACCUUCUUCGAGAAGCUCUCCUUCGCGGCGGCUUACGAGUGGGGCAGACGGCUGCCGCACCUCAGGAGCAUCACAGUGCGCCAUCCCCGCCUGCUGGCGGCAUGGUGUCUUCGUGUCGUCAUCGGCAUCGUGGAGGGCCACGCAGAGGCGCGGGCAGCACUGGUGGCGGGGCGGCGGGAGGAGGGGCGGAUACCUGAGGGCUCACUCGAGAGCAUCACCUUCGAGCCAGACGAGGACCAUGAGGAGGACAUAGAGCAGGCUGACAAGGACAGCGAGAGCUUCAGGGAGGACCAUGAGUUGCCCCCCGACGAGCUAGAGUCUGAGUCUACGCAAAAGGCGAGAGCGGGUAUCAACAAGGCCCUGUCGCUGCUGCCCCGUCCCUCCACCCCAUCCCCGUAUCUGCCAGCCGUCAGGAGCAUCGUCGGCCUAGCCAAGGACCACAACGCAAUGGCCGACCGAGAGUGGCAGACGCCUGCUCUCGAGAUGGUGACUGAGACUGUGGUGACCGAGCAUGAUUGCGUCCAUGGAGUGGCCUACGGUCUGGACAUGACCACACUGGGCAAGAUCAUCCAGACAUCCGAGCGGCUGCAGGAGCUAGUGGUGACGAUGGAACCUGACCCCUUGGCGGAUGCCCUGUCCAUGGUCCCACUGGUGGCAGUGGGGGAGGGGGGGAGACUGGUGGGGCGGCUGGCCGGCCUGAGAUCGAUCGGCACACUGCUGAUCGACGGUACGGAGAGUCAAGACGCAGGACUGACGCGGCUCAAGGUACCAGCCGAGCAGGCACAUUCAUUGACGUGAAUGUGAUUGAUGCCGUUAAUGUACAGAGCGUGCUGCUGGAACGCGGGUGUCGAUCGUUCGAGUGCCUCAGUGUGGAGUUCUGUCCCGUGAAGGCAAUCGCAUGGCCAUGGAUGGGAGGGCCGCUCUUCGCCACCAUCAGCGCGCUGGAGUCCUUCCAGAAGGCGCUCGGAGGCCCUCCCGUCGCUUUCAGAACUCCCCCACCCCCCACGGCAUUCGUACUCCAAGGACACAGCGACACCUUCUUCCUGCGAGACCUCCUGGACGUGCCCGAUAGCCCCUCCCCUCUCUUCGUAGAGACGCUGCAGCAUCUCGCCAGGAGGACGCGGAAGGUGGAGAUCUGUUUCAGCCCCCAGCAGCUGCUCGACUACCACCACCGACACGGCGCCAUCCGACCUGCAGUCCAUCGUGUCGCCAACAGCCUGAUCUUCUGCACCGACAGGAAGACGUUUGUCGAGAUCUACCAGUGGAGUGGUUGGGAUGGUGCUGAUGCGACGGCGGCCAUACGGGGGCUCGUCGCGUAUCUCCUCCAAUUACUGUGGGCAAGAUCAAGAUAAUUGGCAACCUGUCAGGUGCCGAAGCUGUGGUCGGGGAAAAGACAAGGGGGCUGCAGAGCUACAGGGUGAUCCUGGC